AUGCUACUUUCAGGUGGAGCCCUCAAUACAUUUCUGAAGGAAAACGCUGGUAGAGUGGAAGUAAAAGAGAAACUGGACAUGUGCCUUGGAGCAGCACUUGGUGUAGAGUACCUGCAUAUAAAUCAAUGUAUGCAUCGCGACCUUGCAGCAAGAAAUUGUCUCAUUACGCGUGAUAAGGUGGUAAAAAUCAGCGAUUUCGGCUUGUCAAGGCUCGGUGUUCAAUAUAGGCUGAAAGCAGCGAUGAAGUUACCCAUAAAGUGGCUGGCGCCUGAAACCAUUACAACCUUCACCUUUUCCUUGAAGACGGAUGUCUUCAGCUAUGGUGUAAUGGUAUAUGAGAUAUUCGCAGAUGGAGCUGAACCUUGGGAUGGUCAAACGAACGCUGAAGUGAAAAAAGCGGUAAUCGAAGGGAAAUGUUUGACUUUCCCAAAAUGUACUCCAGAUAAAGUGAAAAAGUUUUUCGUCCAGCAUGUUUUCGUGAAAAAUCCAGCAGCACGUGCAUCAAUGUCAGAGGUCGUAAAACUGUUGCAAUCAUGUGGUGCUUCAAGUGGAGCGCAAACCAAGUCACAGAUAUCUGAAGUGAGAAGCCCAGAGGUGCGACGGCAUGCCACAACCUGA